UUCAUAAAAUGAAUUAAGUAUUUUAUUUCGAUUUGUUUUACUUUUAUUUCAUUUUAUUAUUUCUUUAUCUUUAUUUUAUCAGUUUUUUUUUUUAUUUCUUUAUUUACUUUAUUGUAAUGAUAUUGUAUGUGAUAUGAACUCAGACAGGUGCUGCCCCCUGCUGGGCUGGAUCUGCUACUCUCUCUCAUUAUGUUCUGUUUUCUGCUGGUCCCCCCCAGCCCCCCCAGAGUUCUCCCAGUGGCCGCAGUCCCUCUCCAGGCCUGGGGGGGGCAGCGCUGAGUUCAGCUGCUCCGCCUCUGGAGAACCUCAGCCUCACAUCAUCUGGCUGAAGAACGGGAAGCUGCUGAGUGUGAGCGGGACCGUGAGGCUGAGCAACGUGAACACGACCCUGUCCAUCACUCAGAUCUCCCCUGAAGACGAGGCCAUCUAUCAGUGCAUCGCGGAGAACAGCGCGGGCUCCAACCAGGCCAGCGCCCGCCUGUCCAUCAGCCUGUCCAGCCUACAGGGCCCUGACCCCCCCCCCCCUCUCCACCAGCCUACCAGGGCCUGA